GUGGAAUGUUUCGAAGCUGUCACAUUGACAGCCACUGUUGCCAAAAUAAGGAGUUCUACUUUUGUUCAUUAAAUAUUUGCAUACGAGGGUGCUCGAACAAAAUUGUUUGAAAGAUUUAGUGACAAAUCUAGUGACAUUCAUUGCGUCACAACUGCAGAAGUAACACCGCGAAAAAAACGACACAGAACAAAGUGGUUAGUUACAUUGUGGAAAUUGUGAGAAGUUCACCGUAAUAUGUGCUAAUUCUUUGCCCGGUUGGAAUAUUGUUAACAGUGUAGCGACAAUGUCGGCAGCGUUCGCGCCUCGUGCAGGCGUCCAACAACGCCAGCCACUCACGUCUCAGCAGAUCCAAAAGAUGCUGGACGAAAACGGUCACCUGAUCCAAACCAUACAGGAGUUUCAAGCUAAGGGCAAGAUCCAGGAGGUGAUGCAGAUCCAGGCGACGUUGCACAAGAACCUGGUGUUUUUGGCCACAGUCGCAGACUCGGCACAAAAUGUGCAGUCUCUGUUGCCAAUGAUACAGGCACCACAAGGUCCCCCACCAAACCAUGGUCAGCCCCCACCUGGCGGCCCCGAAAUGGGGGGUCCCCCGAUAAUGAACAGUUUCGGCGGGCACCCGCCUCCACAACAAGUACCCCAACAACAACCGCCAGGUGGGCCGGGUGGCCCUCAGGGUGGGUGGAACCGCCAACCACCUCAGGGUGUGCAACAACGACCCGGAAUGCCGGGUGGGCCACAUCAAUAUCCGCCUCAACGGGGUUACCCCCAGGGCCCUGGCCAAUAUCCUGGGCAAUAUCCACCACAACAAGGGCAGUACCCACCUGGACAAGGACAGUAUCCGCCACCUAAUCAGCCACCGGGUUACCCACCAAAUACACAGGCAAAUUAUGGUCAGCCACCGGCAACGACUGCUCAUAAUAACUAUCAAAAUCCAGGGGGAUAUCCGACGCCACCGCCUAGUGGUGGCACUCCUCAACCUGGAUCUGGACCGUAUCCCCCCCCAGGUCAGUCGCCACAAGGCCAACCAGGGCAGUAUGGCGGCCCACCCAAUGGUGCACCUUAUCCUCCUGGUAAUGCUCCUCCUCAGAAUUAUCCACCACAACAAGGCUAUCCACCACCACAAGGAGGUUACGCCCCACCUCCGGCUUCAAGCCAACCUCAGUCUGGAGCCCCUUACCAAAAUCCCCCGGUCUCUGCGCCACCGCAGAACUAUGCGCCGCAAAACGCCCAGUCGCCGCCCUUCUCCGCACCCCCCACUAAUUCCCCCUCUCCCGCAGUAACGUCAGCUCCCCCCACAACCGGCGCCCAACAACCACCGCCGCCUCAACAACCGCCCUACCAACAGCCACCGUACGCUGGUGGCGGAGGACAGCCCCCGGCGAAUCCGGGCGCCGGCGGUUACGCAUCACCGCCUAAUCAAGGCUAUCCUCCGAACGGGCCGCCGCCAGCUGGCUACGGGUAUCCACCCCAAGGUGGGUAUCCGCCCCAAGGAGCCGGAUAUCAACAGUAUCCCGGGCAGUACGCCAGACCUCCGCCAGCCGGACAAGGCCCGCCUCCGCCACCUCAAGCUCAGUAUGGCGGUUAUGGGAAUUAUGCGCCGCAACCCAAUCCUUAGUAAGGGGUGGUGUGUGGAGAGGAUGCUUGUGUGACUGUGUAUGAAAGGUUGAAGUAAUUUUUUAUUAUAGAUGGAGACCUGUUUUUGCGCUGUGGGUAAUUCUGUUUAUCGUAUACGAAUGGCGUGUUUUAAACUAUGAUAAAACUUUCAAAUUAUGUCUGGACAUGUUCAAAUGUUUUAGAUUGUUUAUUAAUAAACAAGUUUUAAAUUACGCUGGUUUUUUCAAUAAUUUACAAAUUAUUGUACUUCAGACAUAUGCACAAAAAUUGUUGUAUAAAACAAUGGAGAAUGUUUUUAUUUUAUUUUUUAGAAAUAAUUCUGAUUUUUGACAUGGAUUCUCACGCAACAGUUCGGAAGUAGUUCAUGUCGUCGAAAUGUGGUCUCUUCACUGAAUAGUACAACGAAACAUGAUUUAUGAACAUCAUUUUAUACUUCAAAGAACAAAAAGUCUUAUAUAUGUUAUUAGUUUUCUUGAAUGUAUUAUACAUUUGCCUAAUUUUUUGUGUUUUUUGUUUUAGUAUAUUAACUGACUGACUUGCUGAAAGAAUGUGUGAGAUUCUUA